AUGAAGGACCGCCACCUCUCGCUGAACCAGACGCAGCGGGUCCGCCUGGAGGCCGCGCUCCACGAGCUCCAGUCCCUUGCGCCCGCCGCCGCGUCCGCCGCUGCCGUCACCGUCGCGGACACCAUUCCCGUCAAUCAGGAGGACAACAUCCUCAAGGGGCACGGGACGUCGGACCAGGACGGGGAGGUGGUGGCGACGCUCUGCGGGGUGGUGGAGCGGGUCAACAAGCUGGUCUACGUCCGUACUCUCAAGGCGAGAUACAAGCCGGAGGUUGGUGAUAUCAUAGUUGGCCGUGUGAUUGAGAUUGCUCCUAAGCGUUGGAGGUUGGAGAUAAAUUUUAGCCAAGAUGCUGUUCUGAUGCUUUCGUCUAUGAAUUUGCCCGAUGGUAUUCAGAGAAGGAGAACUGCUGUUGAUGAACUUAAUAUGCGGAGUAUCUUUGAAGAAAAUGAUGUUAUCUGUGCUGAAGUUCGCGGCUUCCAACAUGAUGGAUCUCUACACCUACAGGCAAGGAGUGAAAAGUAUGGAAAGCUCGAGAGGGGUCAAUUGCUGAUGGUACCUCCAUACUUGGUUAAACGAAAGAAGCAGCAUUUUCAUCAUCUUGAGCAGUACAAUGUCGACUUGAUUCUUGGUUGCAAUGGAUUCAUCUGGGUUGGUGAGCAUGUUGUGGUGGGUGAAAAAACAAAAACGACAGGAGGUCAGCAGAGGUUCAGCACUGAAGCAGAGAAUUUUACCCCAUUAGAAACGAGGAAGCAUAUUUGCCGGCUUGCCAAUGCUGUACGUGUGCUCUCAGCCCUAGGAUUCACUUUGAUCGUCGAACUGAUAAUCGAGACCAUGGAAGCAAGUGUGUCAUCAAAUGUAGAGAUAAAUGACAUGCUCGGUGCUGAAUUUUAUGUCCAGACAGCAGAGAGAGAGGCUAAGCGUCGAGCUGAUCUGUUGAGAAAGAAGAAUGGGGCAAGCUCGAGAGAGGGUCAAUUGCUGAUGGUACCUCCAUACUUGGUUAAAAAGAAGCAGCAUUUUCAUCAUCUUGAGCAGUACAAUGUCGACUUGAUUCUUGGUUGCAAUGGAUUCAUCUGGGUUUGUGACAUGAAUUAUGUUGCCUGGGAAAUCUGCAACUCAUUAGCCAGGUUAUAUGAAUAUCUCAUUAGCCAGGCUAUAGAAUGCCCAUCACAGAGUGUGCAAGUCACCAACACCUUUGUGAAAAACUUAUGGAGGGGCUUUAUGCGAGUGCCUUGUGCCAAGUGA